AUGGCAUCUCCCUUGCAGUUCGCAUAUCGGACCCAGAAGGCCAUUGGUGUCUUCGACGCCGCUCCGGCCUACGAGCCUCUCGCUGGGUUCACCAAGCCCGAAGGAAAUCUGCGGUGCAGCGCAUACUCGCCCUGCGGCCGUUUCUUUGGCUGGGCCUCUCCUGAAACCGUCACUGUUGUCGAUGCCUCGGCUGGUAACGUCGUUCUCGUCUUGCCCAUCAUCAACGUUUACGAGCUUGGUUUCUCCCCUCUAGGUACCUUUGUCAUUACCUGGGAGCGGCCAGCCAAGGAUGAGGCCGGUGACGCCACCAAGAACCUCAAGAUCUGGCGGACAGUCGAGGACGGCGUCGCCGGAGCUGACAAGCAACCCAUUGGACGCUUUGUUCAGAAGCAGCAGGGUGGCUGGAACCUCCAGUACACGGCCGACGAGAAGUACUGUGCUCGGCUGGUCACGAAUGAGGUCCAAUUCUACCAGAGCCACGACCUCGUCACCGUCUGGAACAAGCUGAGGGUCGAAGGGGCCGCUAAUUUCGCCCUUGCGCCGGGAAGCCAGAACCACGCCGUGGCCGUCUUUGUCCCCGAGAGAAAGGGCCAACCCGCCGUCGUCAAGGUGUACAACGUCCCGCUCUUCCAGAACCCCAUCUCGCAAAAGACCUUCUUCAAGGGCGACAAAGUCCAGUUCAAGUGGAAUAAGCGUGGCUCCUCUCUGCUUGUCCUGGCUCAGACGGAUGUCGAUAGAUCUGGCAAGAGCUACUAUGGGGAGACUACUUUGUAUCUGCUCAGCACCAACGGCGCCUUUGAUGCUCGCGUGACCCUCGACAAAGAAGGCCCGAUUCACGAUGUGUCUUGGUCGCCAAAUUCCCGUGAGUUUGGUGUCGUCUAUGGCUACAUGCCAGCCAAGGCUACCAUCUUCAAUGACCGAGCCGUCGCCAAGUACUCAUUCCCUCUCGGCCCACGCAACACCAUCACGUUUUCCCCGAAUGCUCGCUUUGUCCUCGUUGCUGGCUUUGGCAACCUGGCCGGUCAGAUCGACGUGUAUGAUCUGGAAAAGGACUAUCGCAAGGUCUGCACUAUUGAAAGCGGCAACCCCAGCGUGUGCGAGUGGAGCCCAGACAGUCGCUACAUCAUGACGGCCACAACAUCCCCGCGUCUUCGUGUCGACAAUGGCGUAAAGCUUUGGCACGUGGGCGGCAGCAUCAUGUAUAGCGAAGAUAUGGUCGAGUUGUACAACGUUUUGUGGCGACCUUCGGCUCCUGAGAAUGUGGCCGGUGGUGAUCCGCUCAACCCUGUGCCCUCCCCCCAUGCCUCUGCUGCUGCUUACCUUGGUACUGUGAAGACGCCCAGCAAACCUGCCGGGGCUUACAGGCCCCCCGGCGCCAGAGGUCUGGCCACGCCUCUUCACUUCAAGCGCGAAGACGAGGGCGGUGCAGCCCACUUUGUGAGCAACGGAACGCAGAACGUUGGUCCCAACGGCUUCGGUCGUCCUCGCCGUGGAGUCCCCGGUGCUGAGCCAGCCGAACCGUCGCAAGCCGCGGCGAGGGUUGUGCCUGGAGCCGAGCCAGUAGGUGAAGAUGGCGCCAAGAAGAAUAAGAAGAAGCGUGGCAAGAAGAAUAACCAAGAAGGCCGGCCCGAGGCGGAGCCCAAUGGCGGCGCUAGUCUUGCCCCCUACGACAAUCGUGCCCCUGGCUCUGGUAGAAGCCCUGAAAGACGUGGCCCUGCUAAUGGCAAUGGUCGAGAUCACAGAAGCCGAUCCCGAAACAACGGAGGUAGCCGCAGUCGCAGCAAUACCCAGCAUGGCCAGCGUUUGAACCUUGGCCAGCAGAACAAUUAUUAUGCGCAGCAGCAAGGCGGCGCAGCUGUUGCUGGCGCCGCGGCCGACGCCGGCCAAAGUGCCAACGCCAAGAAGAUCCGCAGCCUUCAGAAGAAGAUUCGUGCGAUUGAGGAUUUAGAAAUGCGACUUGCUGGCGGAGAGAAGCUUGAAGACACACAAGUCAAGAAGAUCAACACCAAGUCGGCUGUGUUGAGAGAGCUCGAAGGCUUAGAAAAGGAGGCUUAA